GCAACAUCUCAGUUGACAACUACUCCGUACCCGCCACUCUUAUCUGUCCAGCAAACUCGAUUUUACAAUUUCCAGCAGAGCAAUUUCCAGCAGACCACCGACAGAAUGGAACAAACCCUCGAUGUCAGCAAGCUCAGCGAAGCCGACCAAAAAGAGCUGCACCAGAUCCUGCAAACAGAAUCACAGAAGGCCGCUAUCCAGCAAAAUGUCCAUCACCUAGCCGAUGCUUGCUGGAAGAAGUGCAUUACCUCGAAGGUUACAUCCAGUCGGUUGGAGAAGAGCGAAGAAGCUUGCGCAAUGAACUGUGUCGACCGUUGGCUGGACACCAACAAUGCCGUACUCAAGCAUUUGCAAGCUAUGCAGAAACAAUAACUGUCCAUAUUACUUCCGACUAGAGUAAUUCACGGAGGUUAUAGAGGUUCAGGGCUUGAUGUCUUAUAACUGCCACCAUCUGGUCGGAACGAUUUGCGGUCACUGUAGACACGGAGACUUGGUGUAUUGUGA